GCUGACUGAGCGGAGCGAGCAGCGCCAGGAUGGUGCUGCUGGAGAGUGAGCAGUUCCUGACGGAGCUGACCAGGCUCUUCCAGAAGUGCCGGUUGUCGGGCAGCGUGUUCAUCACCCUGAAGAAGUAUGAUGGUCGAACUAAACCCAUUCCAAGGAAGGGUUCUGUGGAGGGCUUUGAGCCCUCAGACAACAAGUGUCUGUUAAGAGCUACUGAUGGGAAAAAGAAGAUCAGCACUGUGGUGAGCUCCAAAGAAGUGAAUAAGUUUCAGAUGGCUUAUUCAAACCUAUUGAGAGCUAACAUGGAUGGGCUGAAGAAGAGGGACAAAAAGAGCAAGAGUAAGAAGAGCAAAGCAGCACAGUGAAGGGUACCAGAUUUCCCGCUUUCACCAGUUAACCAAUGAAUUGCUAUUUUUCCUUUGGUUUUUACUUUUGGCCACAAAGCUGGGUUUCUGAUUUCCCUACAAUAACUGUUUUCAUGUGAGAUUAGGGUCAUUUUUGGAUGGAAGAAGGGCUGCAGUGUUUACAGGAUAGUUACAAGAAGCCAGUUUAUUUUAUAUCUGGCUAAGUGGUCUGUGUUGUAUGGUUGUAUGUUUCUGGAUAAUAGUUUAUAGUCUCUGUAGCCGUCUGUGAAGAGCACUGUAUCAUUAAACUUUUAUUUAUC